UUUAGUGCCUGUGACAUCGGUCUACGAAUGAUAACCAUGAAUGCAUCUCAAAAAGAAACGAUUUAUUUCGCCAACAAAUCGCAUCUUUUUAUUUAUCGCUUUAAACUUCUAGUACCCUACGAGUUGCUGAGUAAAAUAUCGGAAUUGCGUUACGAGUUAUUCCCGGAAAUUUGGCCGAGCGUAACGUCAUUUCUAGGAAUUCACUUUUGAUUCUCUCUCCUGAUUAAUUCGAUCAAUAUGUUGUGUAAAUGCUCUCUAUUUUUAUUUAAAUAAAAUAUGAAAGUGUGUUCUUAUUAGAAGUGGCAUACUAUGAGUCACAGUAACUGAUAACGCGGUGUUGAGAAACUUAAAAACCGUCUCUUAAGCGUAUUUACAUCUUACUGCUGCAUUCUCCUUCUCUUAGACGUUCUAGAACCCACUGAUUUUAAGUUUGGAGUGUCAGAAUGAAAAAGAAAUGAUUAUUAAAUUAUUUAACCAGAAGGUUUAAAACUCAACCAACCUUUACAUCACUAAAGUCGCCAGUGCAUUACACGAGUCAAUGAUUUUAAUAAAUUUUUGGAGAUAGGCCGAGCUUGUAUUUACUCAUUAAGGUGAGUUAGUAUGGAUAUAUUUCGCUCCUUUGAGUGGAUUUUGUCUCUGCGACGUAAGGUAAAAUCGAGUUUUCAUCAUCAUUUGUGGUGGUGAAAGUGCUUCAAUGAUAGCUUGAAACGAAUGAUUUAAUCUCAACUAUUUGGUCAAGUGUAAACACAGUGAUUGAAAUAAACCAACCUUCCUAGUGUGACACAACAAAACACUUCAUAAAUUACAAAAUCAGAUAUAAAGGAUAAAUAAAUGAUCUUUGUUUUGUAUUUUUCGGCAUUAAUUCAUUUAAUAGUGAAACAACAUGAGCGACAGCACUGGCGUUCUUGAGGUGCAUUCUUUCGGGCAGCCAUUUCAAUUGGGAAUGCUGUACGACUAUCGUAGUCACUACCUUGUAACAGGGCCAACAUUGUGGGAAUCUGACAUCGUUAAGAAUAUCUCUUCCUCGCGCAUUUCCCCACAGUCUAUGUACGAAGUCUUUGUAAGUGGCAACGUGGAAGAGAUGGCAAAGGUUUUCGGCAUCGAUUCUAACUUUAGAUUGAGUUUGAUGACAGGAUUGAUCAACCCAUCCGGAAUUGGAAAGUUUAUCAUUGAUGGCGACACCUCAAAGAAGCACAAUCUGGUUCGCAUUAUUGUCAAGUAUGAAACUACAUCGAAAUUUGAAGAACUUAACAUGGAUCAAACAAAGAAAGAGCCUUACAGAGACCUAAGUUCAGAGAUGACAGCUACACAUUUUGUAUCGCGAAUAGAAUAUGGCAGAGAAGCAGUCUUCGUAUUCGACAGAAUAUUGGACGAAAACGAAACAUUUACCGAUGUUGAAGCCGACCUAGAGUUCGCUGUCGACUCCCUAUUCCAAGCUGUGGAGGGAAGCAAUACAUCUGCACGUGCAACAGAGCUGAUGGACAAGGAAGAACUGAGUAAAUUGGUUUUUACCUUUUAUGGAGAUAGAGACCAGGCCAGUUCUACCAUUGGUAUGAGUUAUGAAGAUGCCCUGCGGACCUACUCUGAACUCCAGAAAAACGAAGAAAGCCAUAUGCAUGAUUUUCCUAAAAGGGUUUGGCUACAAUCACUGAGCACUUUGGAACCGCAAUUGGUACGGCGAGUGCGUGAGGUUAGCCCUCAAGUGACUGGAGCUCUGCAAAAUGCCUUGGCAAAUUUCAACGAGUUUCAAACGCGUUUAUCUGGUCUCGUCGAUGAUAACACAUGUUCCACCUUCCCUAUCAUCAAACAGCGGAUCUCCAGAUGUGGAAAAGCGGUUUCCAGGUACAAAAAGAACAUUCUGAAGACAUUUUCCGAUUUGUUGCCAGUGGUGCGAGGAGGUGAAGAAGAAGAGCAAGUCCUCACCGACGUCCUCAACACACUUGUGUCUUCUCCGUUUCAUCACGACCGCCUCACGUCUUGGAUUAGUGGCAUAGAGAAGGAGAUGAAACUUGUGUCCACAUACCUGGAAUUCUUUAGGGGAAUCCAGCUGGUAACGUCUUUGAAAGAUCUUGACAGUGUGAUCAAUUCCUUGGAGUAUGACCAGGUUGUUUGCUUUUCCCUGAUGACGGCUGGGAAUCAAGAUGCACUGGUUGAACAAAUGCAUACAUUCCUGCGAACUGGCAGUUGGACACCAGAAAAUCUCUCAGCACAGUCCUGGUAUGAGAAUCCUGAAAUAGUUAAUGAAGGAAAGGCUAAGGCGAGAAAUUUCAGAGAUUUUGUCCGUGAAAAUGAAAAUGACGGGCGUACAAAGUUCAUCGUCACAAACGUUCAGAAGUGCACAGGCGAAGGAGUUCUUACAGUCCGUUUGUAUGAUGGUGGUCAUUCUAUGGAUUUUGAACUUCCAGGUGUACCCGGAAAGCCUUCUGCAACUGUGACAAGUGCCUCCAGUAUCACCCUACGUUGGGAACAGUCUCCACAUGGAAAAGAAAUAGUCCAGAAUUACACAGUUCAUUUUAGACCUUCUGUCGGCGAUUGGAAGUCAUUGUCGACUGCGGGACCAGAAAAUACGAUUAUGGUAGAUGGAUUGGAGGCAAACACUGCCUACCUGUUUAAGGUGAACAGCGAAUGCAAAGCUGGGAGAAGUGCUGUAAGUGCCACCAGUGACAGUGUUAUUACUGAGGAUCUCGCGACUGAAUCCGAAUCAGACCUCCUCCACAAGAAGAAGAGUGAGUCAUCCUCAGGUAAACAGAGCCACAAUCCAAAUGGAGCAAGGGCUAAGGAUUCAUCGUCUCUCAAGUCCAGAAACAACGCCGAAGGAACGAAAGGUAGUGAAGCAAUCGGCGGAAAGAACCAAGAAAAUCCUAUAUGCAAGCCAGAUUGUAAACGGACCAGUGGUAUCGCGCAAAACAGUAAAACCUCCGAUGACAAGGCCACAAAGUUCUUUGUUCCUUAUAAACCAGCAGAGUUCUUGCUUUCCUCCUCGAAGAAGAUUAAAGAUGGCUCUCCAACAAUUUACAAGCUCUCAAUGAAAACAAGAAUGAGACGACAAAACAGCAUGAUUGCCAGACAAAGUAUCGGAAAGCCCCCCAAAAGAGUUAAAGGACGCUCUUCUGAGAAAGUUCUAAUGGUAGUAGGAGCUACUGGAGCUGGUAAGUCGACGUUAAUCAAUGGCAUGGUGAAUUACAUUUUGGGUGUUGAGUGGAAAGACGACUUUCGAUAUAAACUCGUCGUGGAGGACAUAAGCGUAUCUCAAGCUUACAGUCAGACGAAGGACAUUACCGCUUACACGUUUUAUCCCAUGCAAGGUUCAGCCAUUCCGUACACAUUUACAAUAAUUGAUACACCAGGGUUUGGGGAUACAGAAGGUCUGAAAAGGGAUAGGCUCAUUACCAAUCAGAUUAAAGAGUUCUUUUCCAUUCCUCCACCAAAUGGUAUCGACCACCUUGAUGGAGUUGGAUUCGUUACACAAGCUUCCCUGGCACGUCUCACUCCAACGCAAGAGUACAUCUUCAACUCAGUCCUUUCUAUAUUUGGAAACGAUGUUUCCAAAAAUAUCUUUAUGAUGCUGACCUUUGCAGAUGGCCAACAUCCCCCAGUGCUUGAAGCCAUCAAUAGAGCCAACGUUCCAAGUGACAAGUACUUCAAAUUCAACAACUCAGCUCUUUUUGCCAGAAACAAAGAAACAGAAGAGAGCUUUGAUGCAAUGUUUUGGAAGAUGGGUUAUCUCUCCUUUCAGAACUUUUUCGCUGAGUUUGCAAAAGCAGAAAGUGUCAGUCUUCGCCUUACCAAAGAGGUGUUGAAUGAACGUGAACAACUUCAAACUUUGAUUGAAGGUCUGAACCCUCAAAUUACAAUGGGCCUCAACAAGAUUGAAGAAAUGAGGCAAGAAGAGCUUGUUUUGCAGCACCAUGUCAGCGAGAUUGAAACCAACAAAGAUUUCACUUAUGAAGUUGUUGUUACUAAGCCAAAUUAUAUCGAUCUUAAAGGAACUGGGAAGCACACCACCACCUGCCUAAAAUGCAAUUACACAUGCCACCAGGAUUGUAAGAUUGCUGAUGACUGCUACAAGCGUAACUGUUGGGCCAUGGAAAAAACAUCUGGAAAUUGCAGAAUUUGUACAUUGAACUGCAUCUGGUCAGAUCACAAAAACCUCCCCUACAUAAUCGAGUACGAGUCAGUUGUCGAAAUUAGAACUUCCGCCGAACUGCAAAUGAAGUAUGAAAAAGCCAUUUCAGGAAAAUCAAAGAUCGAAGGCAUGAUGGAACAACUUGAGGAAUUUCUUCAAAGUGUACACAGCAAUGUUCUGACCAUGAUAAACAGGGCACAGCAAAGCCUUCGUCGAUUGGAUGAGAUUGCCCUGAAACCCAACCCGCUAACUCAAGUGCAGUACCUGGAGCUUGUCAUAGAAUCUGAGAAGAAUGAAGCCAAACCUGGUUGGAAAAAACGUGUGGAGUACUUCGAAGAAGCCAAACGUCACGCGGAGAUAUUAUCAAAAGUUAAAGAUGUCAAAGCAGGACAAAAGAUCAUCGAGGAGAAGGCUCGCAGUGGAGAAAAGUGGUAUUCCCGAUUCAAGUUUUGGUUACUUCAGCAACUCUGAUGUUCUGCCAACAAGAGAUGCCAUAUGGUUGCCUGACAAGCCACUUUAAUUUAAGGAUUCAACUUUGCACGAAGUACGAAAACAAUGAAAAGAGGGCACUGCUAAUGAUAUGAAACUUUAAAGAUAAGAAUCCCCUGACUCCAUUAAGAAAAGUUUAAAAUUGCGAAAUGUGAGCUUAAGCAUUUAAUGAAUUUCAAAUUGCUACCAUGUAUAGUGUGUGUUAAGAUAGGCCAAUCACGUAAAGAGUCUGCGACCAAAGAAAAAAAUUAUGAAAGUGAAAUGACCGAAACGGCCUCCUAAAGAGUAAAACUAGUCACCUUCGAAGGAUAGUUUUCCGAAUUUUGCGAAGCUAGAUCUCACAACGAACAAUUUAAUCCAUUAGUGUCUUAAGGUCUCGUAACUCAGUAAACAACUUAACAAGACGAACAUGCGAGGGACGACAUCACAAUAUGCUAGAUUGAUUGUAUAUUCAGCAAACGAAAGUAAUGUAUUCAAAUGAAUUAUUUGUUUCCUUGAUCAAUAAGCUUUUCCAUUUCAGGAAUAGCUGUAUUUGUGGUUUAAGCACGACCUACAAUGACCUUGCCUAGUAUGCAAGCCUAGAUAACAGAAAUAGAAAUAUUUUUUUUAGAAUUUUAAAAAAGCUGUAGCUAGUUACAGUUAUAAUGGAAUUAUACAAGCGUGACAGCCUUUGAAAGUGUUCCAUUGCGUUUCUAAUGAUUGAUUAGCUCAUUUACCUCACUGCGUAACAAUAAAAAUCGUUUAGAUUG